AUGGACACCGCGGCAGCGAGGCACGCCGGGGCCAGGAUAUUAGGAGAGAUUGAGGAGGAGAGUCUGGAGGAGCUCCUUGCAUCUCUCCGUGCCACGCUCGUGACACCUACCUCAACCACAGCCGCGCACACCGGAGCCCAUGGCACCCUUCUUCAACCCCCCAUCCCCAUCCCCCAGCUCUCCUCCCUGAUCGCCAGACACCACCACGCGAGCCAGUCCGCGCCCCCGCCUCUGCUCUCGCUCUCGGGCCGCCAUCUGCCGUUCCUCUACCACCUGGUCUCGACGCUGCUCGCGGCGCCGCACCGCUACGCCGUGGUCGUCGUGGACGCGGACCACCGCUUCGAUGUAACGCGCCUGGUCUCGUCAGUGUCCCCGCCACCCUCCUCCUCGUCUGCCGGGGACCUCGAGCAACAUCGGCAGCAGCGAGACCCGAACCACCCGGCCCAGGUCGACGACCUGCGCCACCUGUACGUCUACCGGCCCGCGCGGUCGGCGCCGCGGCAGGCGCGGGGCGGCGGCGGCGGCGGCGGCGGCGGCAACCAGGUGCAGGCGUGCGUGGCCGCCGCGCAGCAGCACCUGCUGUACGGGCGGCACGCGUCGCGCGGCCGGACUUGGUGGGGCACCGUGGUGAUUGGCGGCGGCGGCGGCGGCGGCGACGUCAGCGCCGGGUGGAGGGGUUGGAUGGAGGUGCAGCGGCGGGAGGUGCCGGGGUUCGGCGUGGGUACGAGCGCCGAGGAGGCGCUCGCGGAGCGGGAGCGGCGCCACGCCAGGGUCGCGGAGCGCGUGUGGGAGGGCAGGAGCCGGGUCGGGGUGUAUGCCUGGGCUGAAGGAGGCGGUGCGGGAGGUGGGUGA